AUGGUCACUACAAGAACAAGAUCGCGUGCCAACAGUGCCGCCGAUGCCAAUGGCCACGCAGACUCUUCCGCCGCGGCUGGUGAGAAGCGCGGCAUCGAAAAGGAUGCUGUCAAUGGAUCUCCCGAUGCCAAGCGUGCGAAGAAGUCGAAUGAUGAUGCCACCCGCCAGACCACCAUUGACGAGGCCUUUGAGAAGAAGGAUGAUUCAGAGUCUAAGAAGGCCGAGGACAAAGCCGAAGCAAAGGAAGAGCCCGCCGACACGGAGAUGAAGGACGGCGAAGAAGAGCCCACCAACGGCUCGACGAAGCCAGAGGAGCCAACCAAGGAAGAAGAGGCUGCAAUGGCAGAAAAGGACAAACCAGAUACAAGCGCAGUAGACGGAGAAACGGCAGAGAAAACAGGCGAAAAGGACAAAAUCCCCUCCACCAUUCUCGAAAAGGGCAUCAUCUACUUCUUCUUCCGCGCCCGCGUCAACACCGACGGCGCCGAAGAAGUAGACGACAUCGCCCGCAGCUACAUGAUCCUCCGCCCCCUCGCCACAGACUCCAAGCUGGGCGACGGCCCCAUCGGCGACGCGGGCAACACGCGCCUGCUCGCCCUGCCGAAAAAGGUCUUCCCCGAGACGGACCGGGACAAAUUCAUGGUCUUUGUCGAAAAGGCGGGCGCUUCGUUUGCCGAGCUCAAGGAGCAGUUUUUGUCUGGUGCUGAUAAUCAGACUAAAUCUGGGGUGUCGCAUGCGCCUGCUGCCACGCCGGCUGGGGAGGGUGUUUAUGUUAUUACUAGUAGUGGAAGCGACAGCCAUCUUGCGUAUAUGCUCACCCUGCCUUCUGACCUGGGCGAGGUGCAGAAGGAGCUUGGCCUCAAGGAAAAGGGAAGCUUCAUCUUGAGCACGAAGAACCCUUACAAAAAGGGCCCUGCGAAUGCUAGUCUCGAUCAGACGCCCGAUUUCCCAGAGAGCAUCAAGGAUGACUUCCGCGACCUGCGGUGGACAAACACCAAGCCCGAGCACCUCGACUACCCCUAUGCCCAGUUCCUCUUCAUCGGCCAGUCGUCUGGCAUCAAGAAUGCCGUCGAGCCAAAGUCCAAGGACGUCAAGGCGGGCAAGGAGAAUCCAGAGGACGUCCUCCAGGAGAUUGGAGACGAGGACGAAAAGCGCAUGAAGCACCUCUCUGGCGACGACUCGGCUUCCAUCUUUGCUGAUUUACAGGCGCGGGCCAAGGAUUACCCAAAGCUACAGACUACCUUUUAG